CACUUCUCCGAACAUAAGCGACGUCGACCGAUUCAAAUCCUUCAAAUUGCCCCGCGCCACUCAACACCACGGCGAGCUUCUCUUCGCAAAUCUGUUGGACAAUGGCUUCUCUUCCGCUUUUUCUCAUCACAAUCCUCGCCGCCGUUGCCGCCAUCACCGCCGUCACCAAUGUCGCCGACGAGAAAUCCAUCAUGAUCGCCAUAAAGAACUCUUUCCAUAUUCCCUCUGCCUCCAACGCCGUCUUCCUAUCUUGGUCGCCGUCUGCUGCCUCCCCUUGUAACUUCUCCGGCGUAUCCUGCACUACCGACGGAUUCGUUUCCUCUGUGGAUCUCACCGGCCUCGGCAUUUCAGGAACCAUCCCCUUCUCACUCCUCUGCUCACUCCCCUCACUCUCUUCCCUCAAACUCGGCUCCAAUCGCUUCUCGGGCACCAUUUCCACCGCUCUCCUCAAUUGCUCCAGUCUGCUUCACCUUGAUCUGGCCUUCAACUCCCUUGUUCUCUCCGUCCCCGACCUCUCUCCUCUUGCCUCCCUCCGUGUCCUGAACCUCACCCAAAACCUCCUCUCCGGCCUCUUCCCCUGGACUUCGCUCGCUAAUCUCACGGCCAUCGAAUCCCUAUGCCUCGGCGAUAACUUUUUUGAUCCCAGCCCCUUUCCCAACGUCGUCACCACUCUCACAAAACUCAAUUGGCUCUACAUCUCCGUCUGCAACCUCCACGGCGAGAUCCCACCUGAGAUUGGAAAUCUCACCAGCCUUAUCAAUCUCGAGUUCGCAGAUAACUUUCUGUCCGGCGAGAUCCCGCAGGAGAUAACAAAAUUGAAGAACCUCUGGCAACUUGAGCUUUACAAUAACUCGUUCACGGGAAAAAUCCCGGUCGGAUUCGGGAAUCUGUCCAAUCUCGCCUUCUUCGAUGCGUCCAUGAAUAAUUUGACAGGGGAUCUCUCUGAACUCCGGCAUUUAAGCGAAUUAGUAUCUCUCCAGCUCUAUUUCAACAACUUCUACGGUGAGAUUCCGCAGGAGUUAGGAGAAUUUAGGAAAUUAGUUAAUCUAUCUCUUUACAGUAAUCAACUCACCGGCCGAAUUCCGACUAAGCUUGGGAGCUGGGCGGAGUUUAAUUUCAUAGACGUGUCGACCAACUUCCUCACCGGGCCGAUUCCUCCGGAUAUGUGUCGGAUGGGGACGAUGAAGAAGCUUCUGCUGCUCGAGAACCAACUCUCCGGUGAGAUUCCAGCUACUUACGCCAAUUGUUCGUCUCUGAUUCGGUUCAGAGUCAGCAAUAACUCCCUCUCAGGCGAAGUUCCAGCCGGGAUUUGGGGUCUUCCCAUUGUUAAUAUUAUAGACCUCGCUGCGAACAAAUUCGAAGGACGGAUCACGAAGGACAUUGGAAUGGCGAAAUCCUUAUUCCAGCUAUGCAUCUCCGGCAACCAGAUCUCUGGCGAUAUCCCGACGGAGAUUUCCGAUGCGUCAUCUUUGGUAAAAAUCGACGCUAGUUCGAACCAACUCAACGGCCAGAUCCCGUCGAGCAUAGGGAAACUGAAGAGCCUCUCAAGCUUGAAUCUUGACAACAACCAGCUCUCCGGCAAGAUCCCCAAUACCAUCGGCUCAUGCUCUGCCCUCAAUUCCAUAACUCUAACUGGAAAUUCAUUAUCGGGUCCUAUUCCAUCCAGCAUCGGUUUUCUCCCAAAUCUAAACACGCUGAAUCUCUCCUCCAACCGCCUCUCCGGCGCGAUUCCGGCCAGCCUGAGUUCGCUAAAGCUCAGCUCACUGGACCUCUCCAAUAACCUCCUCACCGGCGAAGUUCCUCCUGAACUCUCCAUCACCGCAUACAACGAGAGCUUCAUCGGAAACUCCGGCCUCUGCGGCGACAACAUCGGCUAUCUCCGACGAUGCUCGUCCUCCUCAUCUAGGAGCGAUAAGCUCCGUGUUGCGCUAAUAGCUUUCCUCGUCACCGUGGUCCUGUUCCUCACCGUCUUCUUCCUUAUAUUGUUCAGGAGACGCUCCCACUCCACCAAAGGCCGCAACCUCCGCCUAUCAUCGGAUUCCUGGAACAUGAAAUCCUUCAGCAUUCUCACCUUAAAUGAGCACGAGGUUAUCAAUUCGAUCCGGCAGGAAAACCUCAUCGGCAAAGGAGGCUCUGGCGAAGUUUACCGCGUCCUCCUCAACAACGGCCACGUCGUCGCCGUCAAGCACAUCUCAAACUCCACCUACGGCGGCGGAGCCGUCUCCGACGGCGCCGCGAUGCUCAAACGGCGCUCUUUGAAGCUUUCUAAAGAAUUUGACGCGGAAGUCGACAUGCUAAGCUCGAUCCGCCAUGUGAACGUUGUGAAGCUCUACUGCAGCAUCACUGGCGAUGAUUCGAGCUUGCUCGUCUACGAGUAUCUUCCCAAUGGGAGCUUGUGGGAUCGGCUGCACUCGGGCGCCGGUGAGAAGCUGGGCGGAUUGGAUUGGGAGACCCGGUUCGACAUCGCUCUCGGCUCGGCACGGGGGCUGGAGUACCUCCACCACGGCUGCGAGCGGCCCAUACUACACCGUGACGUCAAGUCCAGCAACAUACUUCUCGACGAGGCUUUCCGUCCGCGCAUUGCGGACUUUGGCCUCGCCAAGAUACUCCAUCGCUCAACUGCACGGGAUUCCUACACGCACAUUAUUCCCGGCACCCAUGGCUACAUUGCUCCUGAGUACGCGUACACCUGGAAGGUGGACGAGAAGAGCGACGUGUAUAGCUUUGGUGUGGUGCUGCUUGAACUGAUUACAGGAAGGAGGCCGGUGGAGAUGGAUUACGGCGAGGACAAGGAUAUAGUCCGUUGGGUGGCUGGGAGGAUCAGGAGCAAAGAUGGUGUUUUGGGUUUGAUCGAUGAGCACAUAUUGAUGGCAGCAGAGAAGGAGGAAGCUAUUCGUGUUCUAAGGGUUGCUUUGCUCUGCACCGCCGGAGUGCCGACGAUGAGGCCGCCUAUGAGGAUUGUGGUGCAUAUGCUUGAGGAGAUUGCCACCCAGCGCAUUGCGGCCGGAGACGACAAGUUGGAAGCAGGUUCUCUUGAGAAGAAGGAAGGAGGGGAGACGAAAGAGAUUGGCUCGCUGUAGAUCGUUAAUUCUAGGGAAAAAUUAUGUAUAAAUCAGAUAAUUUUAAAGCAAAUUUUGAUAUAUUUUGUAUCAGGAUAUCCUAAGUUAUGUAGCUUAGAGGUUUAUGUAAAGGGAAUAAUUGCAGAGCUUUUGAGAAAUUCUUUUGUAGGA